CUAAUCUUCCUCUUCCCCCCAAUUUAACCCCUUUUUAAAAAAAAAUAAAAUUGAAUAAAAUCUGCCUUAAUCUUGUUUUAUAUCCUUCUUUUGAUCCUUUUUUUCCUGGAGCUUGAUCUAUCCUCUUCGUUUUCAAUCUCCAAGAAUUGGUUGAGAUCGGAUUCAGAUGGCGGCGUCAAGACGGUUGCAUGACCUCUAAUCUCAAUCAGGGAACAAGAUUUGCGUCGACUGUGCCCAAAAGAAUUUGCAAUGGGCUUCGGUCUCCUAUGGCAUCUUCAUGUGUUUGGAGUGCUCCGGCAAGCACCGUGGUCUUGGCGUCUAUAUUUCUUUCGUCAGGUCUGUUACCAUGGACUCUUGGUUUCAAUGGAGGUGAAGCAAGGAGACCAGGCUGUGUUUGCUGCGGUUGCUCACGAAGGAGAUGAGGUGGUGCCCGGCGGGUGGAACGGGUCCGGCGGUUGGCGCGGGUCAAACGAGUCGAACAGGAAUAAUGGAGUGAAGCCUUUAACUAGAGGGAUAAGCAACCGUAAGACAUCCACCAUUGAUGGCCGGUGAUCUGCUUCUGGGUGAACACACAUGGCAGCAAUAUCAGCUACGUGUAAAGCUAAACUUGGAUUUAGGCUGAUGUGGGAGGUAUGCUACUCAUGACGGUUAAAGCAGGUAAUUAGGUCUUUCUUUGAAUACUGGCCUUCUAGGGCGGGAUCAACCAUUUCAUUUGACCUUUUCUCUGUUUUUUAGCCUUGGAAGAGCCUGUUACAUCACAAAAUUUUUUUACCAUUACUCCACAAACCUUCAAGCUACAAUCAAUCAUUGUCAUUGAUGACAAAAAUGAAAAUUGAGAGGCUGAUUUAUAUGCAGGAAUUUUUCUGAUAUUAAAAAACAAUCAAUUUUGCAGUGCCUCCAAUGCUAAGUGUCCAAUAUUGCAGUUUCAAGUUUUUCAGAAGUUUGUGCUAUACAUAACCCAACUGGUUGAAGAUUGUUUUUGCUGUAUAUGUUACAUAAACAUCAAUGAGGACGGCGGGGGGAUUUUGGUUACCAACCCAUGAGACGAGGACAUGUUCUCUGGAGGCCUCUUUUUAUCAACUGGCACACGGCCUGUUAACAGCUGCAAGAGAAUGACUCCAUAGCUGUAUACAUCUGAUUUUGUAGUAAGUUUACCUGUUGAAGCAUUUCUGUGAAGUACCAAAAAUUUAUGUAAAUAGUCAUGACAUUAGUCUAAGUUUUUGUACUUGUAUAUGUUAAUGUACAAUGACUGCAUUGCUGUUCAGAAUUAGCAAUCUAACCAAGGCAAUGUUCGAGGGAAAAUUUUAAGGUUGAACAGACAUAACAAACUUUUUGUGGAGAA